AAAAGAGCAAAACCGAGAGAGAGAGAGAGAGAGAGAGAGAGCACAACAGAACAGAAAUUACACUCGGUAUUAUCCUGCCUGGAAGAACAGUCUUAUAUUGCAGUAUUUAUUGCAUGAAUUCAUCAAACUAAUUUACACACUAAGCUUUUACUUCUUCUUAUUAUUAUUACUACUAUUGUUAUUAUUGUUAUUAUUGUUAUUAUUACUAUUAUUAUUGUGGCUGCUCAGUGAGUACAGAUGCGCAGUGAUGAGGAAAUAGUCUGAAUUAGUCUCAGAAGUUGUGACGUGACGUUCUGGGAAUAAAAUUAAAAAAAAAAUGGCACAAGGAAAAGUUUAACCGGGAAAAGCCGAGCUUUGUGUCCGCAUGGACGGGAAAACAUCCGCGGAUCUUCACGCAAGGAUGCCGUGCUGGACUCGGUGAUCUCCUCCCGCAGACAUCUCCACAACUCUCUCUGCUUCUGCUGCUUCUUCUGCUUCUGCUUCUUCUGCUUCUUUUAAAUCCCAGUCUUUUUCCCCUGGAUGACAAGUGGAGCUACAGGCAUUUGGAUGUGAAAGAAUUCAAUAAAAGGCGAUUAGAGAUGGAAAUGAAUCAUUUCUUUUAAAAAAAAAAAACAAAAAAAAAAAAACGGGAUCACAGCAUCUUCAGCCGGAUUUAUCAUGAUUUUAUUAAAUAUUUUGACACUCCUGUUUUUAGCGGAUGAGGUGGUUGCUUUGGAGAAUGGCGAAUGGACGGCCCCCAUGGACUGUUUACGGGCGAGCGAGAUGUGUAACCAGAACGCGCAGUGCAGCUCACGUUUCCGUAUCAUGCGCCAGUGCCUGGUGGGCCGAGACCGCAGCGCCAUGCUGGAGAAUAAGGAGUGCCAGGUGGCGCUAGAGGUCCUGCAGGACAGCCCGCUGCACCACUGCCACUGCAAGAGGGGCAUGAAGAAGGAGCUGCAGUGCCUGCAGAGCUACUGGACCAUCCACAUGAGCCUCAACGAAGGAGAAGAACUUUACGAGACGUCCCCCUAUGAGCCAAUGCAUUUCUCUGAUGAAUUCCGACUCGCUUCAAUUAUUUCAGCCAUGGACUCGGCCUCGUCUAAGGGCACCGUGUGUCCCGAGUCCGUGAAUUCGUGUAAUCCAUGUCUGGAUGCUGCGAAGGCGUGUAACCUGAAUGCAGUGUGUAAGCGUCAGCGCUCGGCCUACGUCACUGCGUGUAGCCGCUCUGCGCCCAUCGCGCUCUCGCCCGAGCCGUGCAGCCGUAAACGCUGCCACCGGGCGCUGCGCCAGUUCUUUGAGCGCGUGCAGAACGAUCUCAGCUACCCACUGCUCUUCUGCUCGUGCAGGGACAAAGCGUGUGCUGAGCGACGACGCCAGACCAUCGUACCCACCUGCUCUUUUGAGGAAAAGGCGAAACCGAACUGCCUCGAGCUCCGGAGGAUCUGUCGAUCAGAUGCACUCUGCAGAUCCAGAUUGGCAGACUUCCACAUGAACUGCCAGACGACUCCGCACUCGAUAACGAGCUGUCCUAAUGACAACUACCAUGGCUGUCUCGUGUCCUACGUUGGGCUUAUAGGAUCAGAUGUGACCCCAAACUACGUGGAUGCCAACCACGCCAACAUCACCAUAUCACCAUGGUGCAGUUGCCGUGGCAGCGGUAACCAGGAGACAGAGUGUGAAGCUUUUCUGCGUGACUUCAGAGAGAACGCAUGUCUAAGAAACGCAAUCCAGGCGUUUGGUUAUGGAGCGGACGCUGGUUUCCUUCCAUUCACCGACUCUCAUUCUGUCGUCCCAUCUGAAAAACCCAACCUUCAUCCUGCCAUUAUCACUAAACCCGACAUCAUCACCAACGACGUCAAACCAGUCGAGAGUGCGUGUGUUUUCUCCACAUGCGCUAAUCUUAAGGACGGUGCAGAGAAGUGUUCUCCCUCCAGCAGUUUUGAAUGUGCAGAUGAGAACAUUCUAGACUCCGACAUGGACAGCUCCAUCGACUCUCAUCAAUCCGAGAACGACAGACACUCAUCUGCGUAUCUGUCCAGCGUCUCCACGGCAACCAUAGUCCUGUCCAUCGUACUUGUCAUUCAGGAGCACCAUUAAGCUGUCGCAGCCUGUCAGAAUAAAAACACAUCCAUCUGUACGAACAAGUCGUCAUUGCACGAGAAGAGAGCAGAUACAGGAAUCCGGGGGCGUGAGCUGUGAAUCGCUUGUAUUUCUCAAACCAGAUCAUCCUUCACUAAUAUAAUUAGACAAAACUGGAUUGUGUUUGCUAACUGAUGAAAUAAAAAUCAGUGAUUAGUGCUGACUCAGACUUUCGGGCCUGACCGUAUGGUGUAUGAAAAUGUGAAAUGGAAGUAUAUUUAAUACAGCUUUUCGAAGCUAACAUGGAGGCAUGUGCUGAUGUUACAUUUCCAUAUCAACAUAAUUUCUAUCGUCACAAUUCGGGAUGCAUCAGUACUGAGUACGAGUACGCUUUUGGUACUCAUCUUUACCAAAAUGAGUAACGUACUGAGUACUGAGUACUGAGUAUUAACCAAUCAGGGGCAUCGUGGAACAUUUUAUGUAGCUCUAUUUAUGUUGGUGGCUGCAGUCUGUUGCUAGCUCAUGAAGAGUUUUAUUUUUGCAAUGUUAUUGCUUUUAAACAGCAUGUUUAACAAAGAACACGAUGACGGCUGACGUGAGCAACAUCAGCGAGUGUGGUCCUUAACGAUGAUGUGAAUUGCACCUUGACUCGAGAGCAAAGUUUAAACUAGCAAAAGAAAGCGCACGUGUCUCGGUGCUCAGUGCUCGCAGAACUGAACUGCUCUCAUGUGCGAUCAUUUCUCCGGCUUCACAGCUCCACACUCACAAAUAUGUGUGUGUGUGUAAUUCACAACACCUUGUGCUCGUUCUUAAUAACCAUGCUCACUUGUACUCCUCUGAAAGCCCAGGUCAGCCGUCCUCACGCUCUCUAUUAAAGAUACUGUUGAAAGGGCGUAAGAUUUUUUCUCAGGUUACUUGAAUUGUAGGAAGAUGCUGUAGUUCCUCAUCUUGAUUUUGUUUAUUUGACUAUUUGACUGCCAUCAUUAAUCAUGAAAUACAUCACGAAUGCUGUCACUCUGUGUCCUCUGUUCAUUAGUGUGGCAACUACACAGCAAAAUCCACAGUGUUGAAUUAACACCCAGAGUGUUGAAGUAACAGUGUUUAUAUAUGUACAGUUGAACACAAAUGAACUCUAAAAGUGUGAAAUCAACACUCUGUGUAGGAUUUUGCUGUGUAGGCUUACGUCACAUGGCAUCACAUAGUAUUAGAUUUUAGUAUCUGGGCUUUUUUUUUUUUUGAAUAUGAGUAAAUGAGCACAGUAUCAGACUGAUCCCUAAUUUCAUUAUCAGUAUUGCUGCAUCCCUAAUCACACUAUUGUAUUACAAAAUGAUUAAUUGCCAUUAGAGAUGGACAUCCAGCAUGUGAUGCUGCCUUCAUAUUAUACCAGUGUGAACGACGGUUAUUGUAGAAGACAGCUGUCUUAAUGUGCCUGCCAAAUGGGACAGCCUUUAUCUCAGGAUAUUAAGGCUGUCCAAAAAUGGUGCCGGGUGUUUGGGGCUAUUUUACAGGUUUGGUAUAACCAUAACAGUAUUGUGCAUAUUAACUAUAAUAGUAUAUUGUAUAUGAUUAUCAGCACAUGCCAGUCACAUGACACAGGCAGCACUGAACCGCUGGAAUGAACUAUUGAUGAACAAGUUGAACAAAGUUGGCACAUUUUCAGUUCAUAAUAUGUAGGUCAAUGCUUCAGCAGCUGGAGUUUGAACAGAAAUGUAAAAGACGAUGGGCUGAGGUGAGUUAACAUGACUUCUUCAUGAAGGAUUUCUGAACCAACAUCCAUUUGUAGUUCCUAGAUCAACUUUUCAUUUAAGCGAUUAAUUGAUUUUACUGUCAUCAGCAUGCGUCUCUGACUCCUCCCACUCCCGAACAUCUUCAAAAUUCCCAAAUUGGUUAAAAUGGAAAACCAUCAUGUAGCUCUUCAUUGCAAUUCAUUGCAGUUCAUGACUUUAAUACACACUAACACAGCUAAAUUUGAAGAUGCAUCUUUUUACAUCCACACUAAAACAGUGAAAACAUAGUUUUUGACACUGAUGCAAAGUCAUGUGACCUCCGCAAUUCCAAGAUGGCGGAUCCCCCGAUCGAUGCUGUUUUCUAUAUUAAGUAUUCCAAUUUCAUGUUUGAAUACUUUCUGUAGUGUAUAAGCACACUGCUAUCAAUUAUAUUCUUGAUGUCAAACGAAAUGUCUUGAUGUCAAAUAUUUUAUUUUAAUAUAAUAGGUUUUUCACCCUGUGUGCGUACUUAGCAGGCUCUUUUCUAUUGUUUCUGCAUUUCAUUGUGCAUGGAACACUUUCAGGAAACGGACCGAAUUCCCUAGUGUGGCCAAAAAAAUUACCUUUUUCAAAUGUGUUAGUAUCGACUAGGUCAUAGUUAUCCAGUUAAUCCCAAACCCAGAAGCCAGCUUGAGUUCAGCUUGGCAGUGCACUAGCUACUGUAGCUCAGCAAUCUCACUACAAGCACAAAGCCUUCAUACAGCUUUAUUAUUGUCAAUACACAAUAUACUGUGUAUCACUGGAAAAUCACACAUUUUGGAAAGUAAAUUUUUAAAAGUUCAGAUUAUAUUAGCCAUCGAGGCUCAGAUUACUAAUAGUGGUUGUUUGACUAAAUAUCCAACAUUAAGAAUGGCAUAAAACAUGCUGCUAUAGGAAAAUAAUCAACACCAGGGUGGUGUGUUGUAACCCGAUGCAAAUAACAGCAAACCUAUUUUUUUUAAUACCACAGCAAUUUGCCAACAAUUAAGUUUUUUUAUUUAUUUAAAAAAAAUUACAGAUCAUACUUUUGUCUCUUUAUAGUUACAUUUAAUGUUGUUACAAUAGAAAUUCUAGAAACAAAAAAGCUGUUACCUUAGAAGCGAUAAUGUAGAGUGCAUUAAUAUAAACCUGUGAUUUGAAUCACAGCCAGUAUUUCUGUCAGCGCUGCUAACACAUGACUCCUGAAGUGCAUUAUUUUUGUAUAACAGCACAAUCCAGAGUCUAUUAUUCCACUUAUACCACAGCGAUUUGCCAAUGAUUACAAUGUUUCAUUUAUUCGUGUACAAAACAUCACGCAUUUUAACAGUUUAGUUAGACUUAAUGUUAUAGAAUGUCUGAGAGACAAGUUAGUUCCUGUUCUCACUUAUGUUAUAAGUUACAAUAAAAAUAGUUAUUCUCUCACCAGCCUCUCUUUCUCUCUCUCUCAAAAACCGCAGUCAUUUGACCAAGAAACCGUAAAGUGUAAACUCCUCUCAGCCGAAGACUUUCUUGUGCUGAUAAAUUUCACAAAGCACCGUGAGUGCUACAAAGUGCUUAUAACCGAGACUCCUUCCAUAAAUGUUAAAUAAAUGUCUCCUAACAAAAAAUCAUCACCACAUCAAUAGUUAUACGUUUUACUUUGUUAAACUACGCGUCUUUUUAUCCAUUUAUUUUUAGUCUUAGAUUAUUUGCAGCGUCCACCAUACAAGUCCCUGUGUAUGAGCUGUUACUAUAGAAACAAUAAGGUACUAGAACAAGGGUACUAAUAUUAACAUGACGUUCAUGUUACAGUCGGAAGUACCUGUGCUGUUCUACAAAUCAUGCAGUGCUUCUGACUAAUCAGAUUCGAGCAUUCAACAGCACUGUGACAUUCCGAAGACCUUUAGACGCUGAUCUGAGUUUACAAAAGAUUACAAAAGCACAAGUGAUUAACACAUAAAUCCUACACAAUAUGGCUACAUGAACUAAUGAAUUAAAGAGGAGUAGGAGGUGCAUGCUGAUGACAUCACAUAACAGUGUGAUUAAAAGAAAUCCAGGCUCAUGUUUACAAUACAAUGUCACCAAUGCUCUUCUUCAGUUGUUAGUAUGUCAUUCUUCAUUUUUUUUCUUUUCACUUCACCCAAGAGACUUGGAUCAGCGCCCAAGUUGAACAAAGCUUCAUUUACUGAUUGCGUAAAUUGUUCGUGUUUUAUAGUGUGCAAUCUAUCGUGGGGCCUUAAUUUUGUUUUGCUCUCCGGCUUUGUUUUUCUCUCUCUUAUGUCACGGUUUCAGGACGGGGCACGACGGACAUAUUAUUUCUGGAAGAACAAACGUUUUCUUUAAUCUGUGCUGCUUUAAACAUUGAGUCGGGGGGAGGCAGACUCGAGAAUGUGUCUGAAAUAUUUGUCCAAGUCUCAAUAAAAAGAAAAUGUCAUGUUGAUAAAGUGUUA